AUGAACGAAUCCGCUCCGAUUCCGUACAGGAAGGUCGAACACCACUCCGCAAUCUGCGCCCAAGUGCACGACGACUGGUACGAGCUCCUCGCCGGCGCAUUCAUCACCGAAACCAACACCCUACACCACAACGACACACUGCACGAACGCGUGCAAUACCACCACAAGUGGAUCGCGAUUGCCAGCAAGCACGUCGGCAGCAACGACAAACAGGUCGUUGGCCGAGCUUUUCGGAUCUUGAGGGACGUCUAUCCUGACAGCAGUUUACGUUGUCUUGCGCUCCAGAUCGCGACCGAUUCGCUGUCGAUGUGGAUUAAGCCUGGUCAUUAUCUGGAGAGGGCGGAGGAACAGGUGAGGAAGCAGAAGCUGUUUAUGAUAUAUCGGGAGAGGGAGGUGGAGAUGGGGCGGGGGGUGGAGCGGAGCGGCAUGCAGGGGUCGCUUUGGGCGGUGGAAUGA